AUGACGCGGCCGGAUACAAAAGGUAUGGCUCCGCGCCAGUCUCAAAUUCUGGCUCAACGAGACCCAAAGACAUUCCCAGGACACUACCAAGCCCACUGCUCCUCUAUAGAUACCGUUUCAGCUGUGCUUGAUGAGGAAGUUCAAACAAAACAUAUUGAAUACUUCCAAGGCUACGGCCAAAUUUGUGAACCGGGUCUGCCUCUGGAAUUGCCUGCUCACAUGAAGGAGAGUAUUUUGAUGUUACCCAAGAUGGCGGAAAUGCGAGAGGACAUCCAAAUUUCCGAAGGAAACAAUGAUGAAGAGAAACUUCAGGCCAAGAAGCGGAAGUAUAGAGAGGCAUUGGUUCGGCAACGUCGAGCGGACCUGAAGAAGUACCGGGAGUCCUGGAUACAUGUGGAAAGAGAUCAGAACAUUCUGAACCGCGGAAAAGGGAAGCCUUUACACGUGGUAAAAGACAUUUGCACACGUGCUCAGUAUCUGAUCAUGCCAGAGCUUGCACGAAUCGCAACGGCCAUGGCUUGCACCGCCGAGCUGACCUUUGAAGAGAAACUUUUUUUUCCUGGGGACCUCCGUACCCUAUGCUCCCGCAAAGAGGAUGUGAUUUACCUUCCCAAUGAACAGCCAAUUGAGGGUUUUUGUCCCGCACAAGGCUGCCAACUUGAGAUUGAAAAGUGA